AAAAAUAAAAGGCAAACAAAAAUUUCAAAAACUUAACUGCAAAGCAAAAGAGGGCAACCCUGUACUUUCUCCUCCGUCGAUCCUUCUAGAAUUCCUCUGUUUAUGUCACUAUAAAAUGGCAGGUGAAUUUUGCAAAUGCACUUUUCAUAUCUCAAUCGAAAAUUCAAAAAGAAAAAAGGAAGAGCAAAAUUGUGUAAGAGUUUAGGGUUUGUCAUCUUUACUCGAGUACUACAAUGGAAAUGGAAGGAUACGGUUAUGGAAGGGGUCGCGCUGGUGGUAAUGGCGGCGGAAGAGGUGGUAGGGGUGGCGCUCAGGGAGGCAGAAGCCGUGGUAGAGGUGGUUAUGGCGGACGAGGGAGAGAGAAUCAACAGCCCCAGUACCAUCAGCAACCACCGCAAUUUAAUCAGCAGAGGCCACACCCACCACCGCAAUUUAAUCAGCAGCGGCCACAACAACCUCCACAGUUUCAGCAGCAGAGGCCACAAUCACAACAGCAACGGCCACAACAACAGUUCCGUCAACCUUCUAUGGUGCAGGGGCAUCAAUGGGGUUCCGGGCCGGCGAUUGAGGGCCGGAGUGGGCCCAAUUGGAGACCCGCUAACGCCGCUGCUGGAGUUGGAUCUUCCCAUGGCCAACAACAGGUUACCAGUGGAAAUUAUGCUGCUAAAUUGCAACAAUCGACUGAGACUCGCGCUGAUCGCGGACUUGUCCCAAAGAUGCAGUCGCUGAAAUUGUCGGAAGGGGCUUCUCAAUCUUCUGUUGCUGGAGAAUUGGUGCCUAUUAAACGACCGGAUAGUGGUGGUUUGGAGAAAAUUCGCACUGUCAACAUCCUUGUCAAUCAUUUUCCUGUCAGCUUCAAUGCUGAGAGUGUAAUUAGACACUAUGACAUUGAAGUCAAGCCUGAAGUUGCAUCUCCCAGCGGCCGCCCUGUGAAGGUAACAAAGACUAAUCUGAGUUUGGUUAUGGAGAAGCUCUUCUCUGAUAACUCAGAUUUUCCUUUGGAAAUGACUGCCUUUGAUGGUGAGAAGAAUAUAUUCAGUGCAGUUGAAUUGCCUACUGGAACCUUUACAGUAGAGCUUUCUCCUGAGGAAGAUGUGAGGUGCCACACAUAUAAGUUCAGUGUGACGCUUGUGAAUGAGCUGAAGCUUCACAAAUUGAAGGAUUAUUUGACUGGAAAUCUGCUGCAGCUUCCCCGUGAAGUAUUACAGGGGAUGGAUGUUGUAAUGAAGGAGAAUCCAAGGAGGCAUAUGGUUAGCAUUGGCAAAAGCUUUCACUCAAUCGACCCAAAGCAGUCACCUCUUUACUAUGGACUGGUUGCGUCAGAAGGGUUUCAGCAUAGUUUGAAGCCAACUUCACAAGGCUUAGCGUUGUGCUUGGAUUAUUCAGUUCUGGCAGUUCGAAAGAGAAUACCUGUUAUUCAUUUUCUUAGGGAACAUAUUGAGCUUACUGUGUUCAAUUCCGACAGUUUCCGCAGAAGGUGGAAGGAUAUUGAGCAUGCACUAAUAGGACUUAAAGUUACAGUAACCCAUCGUCGCACGAAGCAGAAAUAUGUUGUAUCAGGGUUAACAGACAGAAAUGCCUGUGACAUUUCCUUCACUGUUGAAGAUCCUAACAGUCAGCUGCCUCCAAGAUCUGUACGUCUUCUUGAUUAUUUUCGGGAGAAGUAUCCCGGGAUAGAGAUAAAGUAUGAGGACAUACCUUGCUUGAGUUUGGGGAAAGGCAGGAUGGCAAAUUAUGUUCCGUUAGAGCUCUGUGUUUUGGUUGAAGGUCAGAGGUUACAUAAGGAAGAACUGGACAGGGAUUCAGCUCUUUUGUUGAAGAAUAUGUCACUUGCACAUCCUGGGGACAGGAAAACUAAAAUAUGUGGCAUGUUGCAACAGGAUCAUGGACCUUCCGGGGGCGAAAUCAGCAAAAAUUUCGGAAUUGAUGUCACGAUGAACAUGACACGAGUCAGAGGUCGGGUGAUGGAGCCGCCAAAAUUGAAGCUAAGAUCAUCACCUGACAAAGUAAAUGCCAUCAACGUGGACAAAGAUAGCUGUCAGUGGAAUCUUGUUAACAAAUUAGUUGUUGAAGGCACAACCCUUAAGCAUUGGGCUGUUUUGGACUUGAGCAGUUUUGAGAGAAGACCAGCUGACCGAUUGAAUAAGGACUUCAUUCCAAAGCUUGUUGCCCGUUGCAACAAACUAGGGUUGCAGAUGGAUUAUCCUUUGUUCACUGAACAGGCUAGGAUGUCUGUGCUGGCGAGUGCUGAAUCACUAACUCCUGUUCUGGAAAAAGUUCAGCGUCAGGCAUGGAAGGCUUGUCAGAACAACUUACAGCUUCUUUUAUGUGUGAUGUCAAGCAAGGAUGCUGGUUAUAUGUACAUCAAGUGGGUUUCUGAGACAAAGAUAGGACUUGUUACCCAGUGUUGCCUUUCAAAAAUGGCGAAUAAAGGGCAAGAUCAGUACCUGGCUAAUCUUGGAAUGAAAAUAAAUGCUAAGCUAGGAGGUAGCAAUGCUGAGCUUUAUAAUCAACUUCCUCUAUUUAAUGAAGAUGCAGGUCAUGUGAUGCUUAUUGGGGCUGAUGUCAACCAUCCUCGUCCCAGGGAUUAUUUGAGUCCAUCAAUAGCUGCCGUUGUUGCCUCAAUGAAUUGGCCUGCUGCAAACAAAUACAUUCCUCGAAUAAGCCCACAGGGUCAUUGUGUGGAACAAAUUGAAAACUUUGGACACAUUUGUCUUGAGCUUAUUGAAUGUUAUGAAAAGAUGAAUGGAGUUAAACCACAUAAACUUGUGAUAUUUCGUGAUGGUGUCAGUGAAGGACAGUUUGAUAUGGUACUCAACACAGAGCUUUUGGGUCUGAAGAAAGUGUUCCAGGCUAUUGACUAUCGCCCCACCAUAACACUUAUUGUUGCUCAGAAACGACACCAGACACGCUUAUUUCCAGAAACUCAAAGAGAUGGGGGUAGAAAUGGUAACAUACCUCCUGGCACAGUGGUGGAUACGACAAUUGUUCAUCCAUCAGAGUAUGAUUUCUAUCUCUGCAGUCAUUAUGGGAGCAUUGGGACCAGCAAACCAACACACUAUCAUGUCUUGUGGGAUGAACACAACUUUUCUUCUGACAGCGUGCAGAAGUUCAUAUAUGACUUGUGCUUCACCUUUGCUAGGUGUUGUAAGCCUGUUUCACUGGCUCCUCCAGUCUACUAUGCUGAUCUUUUAGCCUACAGAGGACGACUGCAUUAUGAUGCGCAGUCGGAGAAACACUCUUCUUCAGGAAAUUCAUCGUCUUCCCUUGCAUUAUCAUCUACAUCAACAUCAACAUCUGAUAUGAAUGCACUACACUCUGGUAUACAAGAUUUAAUGUAUUUCAUCUGACAGGGCUUUGUCUCUCCUACAAUUCACUCUUCCUUCAACACAGAUUGGUUGAGGAAGUUUCGCACAACUCAUGCUUUUAAGGGUGUUGGUCUCCUGCUCUUUGAUGGUGCGUUUGUGUGUGAAUCUAAUGCUCUUAAAUCUUAAUUAAUCGCUUUUGUAUGUUACUGCAUAAUAAGGAUAGUUGUCCAAGUAUUUGCUAAGAGUUUUUUAACGUGUGGUUGAACUAAGUUUGAUGUCUUCUUUAGGUUUCCUAUGUUGUAAGGUUGUUAUAGCCAAGAACGAAGUAAUGCCUUUGUGUUAUGGUAAUUUGGUGUUUUAUGUGUAUGAUGUGUGCUGUUAAGAGGGUCAAACAUUACUUGACAGUGGGCAUCUGUCGAGGAUGCAAAUGCUCUUAUGGAUAAUUUAUUGCUCAGUUUUUCCUUUGUUCUGAA